AUGACGCCGCCGCUGAGCCCCUCAUCUUCCAUUUUGAUCGUCGGCGCAGGUACCUGGGGCUGCUCGACUGCUCUGCAUUUAGCGCGGAGAGGGUAUACAAAUGUUACAGUGCUGGACCCUCAUCCGGUACCAUCGCCAAUUGCUGCCGGGAACGAUGUCAAUAAAAUUAUGGAGCACAAGGAGCUGAAGGGACAUAAAAUUGAUGCGAAAAGUGUCGCCUUUGCCACUUUUACUCGUGCUGCUCUAGGCGGUUGGACUGAGGACCCUGUGUUCAAGCCUUACUUCCACGAGACGGGCUUCAUCUUCUCUGCAAGCGCACCUGAGCUGAUCGAGCACGUCAAGGAGGAAGAAAUAGACGUCUACGAAGGAGACUUCACAGCCCUCAAAACUGCAGAAGACUUUCGCAAAACUAUGCCCCCAGGCGUUCUCACCGGUGACUUUCCAGGGUGGAAGGGCUGGUUCAACCGGAAAGGAGCAGGCUGGAUCCACGCUAGGAAAGCGAUGAUGUCUUCAUACGCAGAGGCACAACGUUUAGGAGUCAAGUUUAUCACGGGUACGCCACAAGGCAGCGUUGUGGCCCUGGUUUACGAGAACGAGGAUGUAAUCGGAGCCCAAACCGCCGAUCAAACAGUGCAUCGCGCAGACCAUACCAUUCUCGCGGCUGGUGCGGGCAGUGAUCGGUUACUGGACUUCAAGAAACAGCUUCGACCUACUGCCUGGACACUGAGUCAUAUUCGCAUGACACCAGAGGAAGCCCAACAGUACCGAAAUCUGCCCGUCCUUUUCAACAUCGCCAAAGGGUUCUUCAUGGAGCCUGACGAAGACAAGCACGAGCUCAAGAUCUGCGACGAGCAUCCUGGCUACUGCAAUUUUAUUCCAGACUCCAGAUACCCAGGGAGGAAAGGAAUUCCCCUCGAGGCCGAAGCUCGAGCGAGAGAAUUCUUGCGGGAUACGAUGCCACAUCUUGCCGGGCGGCCCUUCGCUUUUGCUCGGAUAUGCUGGGAUGCUGAUACCCCCGAUCGCGCUUUUUUGAUUGAUCGACACCCUGAUCAUCCAUCUCUGCUGGUAGCUGUCGGUGGCUCUGGCAACGGAGCUAUGCAGAUGCCGACUAUCGGAGGGUUCAUCUCGGAUGCCCUGGAGGGGAAGCUGUCGAAAAACGUGAAAGACGUGGUGCGCUGGAGACCCGAGACCGCAGUCGAUCGAGACUGGAAUUCUACGCAGGACCGAUUUGGAGGGCCGAACGAGUUGAUGAAUUUUCAAAAUAUCAAAGACGAUGAGUGGACUGAAAUAUCUACUGAGCAUUGA